GUUGUUGUGGGAGUACCAAGAUGGCGGAUGGCGACUGCAGUUUUGGUGGCCAAUGAGCCGUCCAGUCCGAUCGGUGGCUUUUGUGUGCCCGAAGCGAACGGUGGCACGUUGCAUUGCCGGGAGUUGUAGUUUAUUUACGAUCGAGACUACGUGGUCGCAAUAGUAGGCCGACGAUCACGAGGACUACACGUACCACAUGCAAGCGGGGAAAGCCCGCUUUCAUUGGCUAAUUUGUUUUUGGUUCGUACCGAUUCACGCUUUGUCCACGCCGAGCGAAGGUCCACCUCGGGAUUUCAACCUGCCCGCUCCCUCCGAAUAUUUGACAAACUUACUCUGCAAUCUGCGACGUCGACCCCCCAGAAGCUGGCCAGCUAGUUAGCAAACAAGCUAACCAUUGCCAGCAAUUCCCCAUGUCCUCGGAAGUGGAAGGCUUGAGCUCGACGAUUACGGGUUGGCUUGUUGUCCAUUCGUGGUGGCUGCUGGUGCCGUUCAUCAUGCUGCUGGUCGUCGCCGCCUUCGUUGUGGCCUUCGUGCUGCUUUUGUACAUGAUAUCGCCGCUUAUUAGCCCCAAACCGCUCAAACUGAACGGGGCCCACGUCGUGGUGACUGGAGGCUCCAGCGGGAUUGGUAAAUGCAUCGCGAUGGAGUGCUACAGACAAGGAGCUUUCAUUACUUUGGUGGCACGAGAUGAGGCAAAGUUGAUUCAAGCCAAAAAAGAGGUGGAGAAAUUUGCCAUCAAUGACAAACAGGUGGUGCUCUGCAUAUCAGUGGAUGUUUCCAGUGAUUACGGUCAGGUGGAAAGUGUCAUAAAACAGGCUCAGGAAAAGUUGGGGCCUGUCGAUAUGCUUGUCAACUGUGCCGGAACGUCCUUUUCUGGAAAGUUUGAGGAAGUGGGGGUAGACUGUUUUAAGAGGCUGAUGGAGGUGAACUACCUGGGCAGCGUUUACCCGACACGCGCCGUCAUCACCACCAUGAAGGAGCGAAGGAUGGGGCGCAUCAUGUUCGUGUCGUCCCAGGCGGGCCAGAUCGGCCUGUUUGGCUACACGGCUUACUCGCCGUCCAAGUUCGCCCUGCGCGGUUUGGCCGAGUCGCUGCAGAUGGAGAUGAAGCCUUACAAUAUCUACGUGACGCUGGCGUUCCCGCCAGACACAGACACGCCGGGGCUGGUUGAGGAAAACAAGAUGAAGCCUCUGGAAACCAGAUUGAUCUCUGAAACCUCCGGAGUGUGUCAACCAGACCAAGUGGCCAGGAUUGUUGUCAGAGAUGCCGUGCAGGGAAACUUUAACAGCUCUGUGGGGCCAGACGGUUACAUGCUGUCAGCCCUCACCUGCGGGAUGUCGCCCGUCACCUCCAUUACGGAGGGUCUCCAGCAGAUUGUCACCAUGGGUCUGUUCCGCACCAUCGCCCUCUUCUACCUGGGAAGUUUCGACAGCAUCGUGCGCCGCUGCAUGAUCCAGAGGGAGCAGUCCAAGACGUCCGACAAGCGAGAUUAAAACGCCGCUUGGUUCCCUCGCCCCGAAAGGUCCCACGAGCAGCGAGGUGAACGGACCGUUUUGUUUACGCUUCGCGGCUCCACUUACUCCUGUGUCCCCCACCCGACCCCGCCCCGCCCCACCAACCGCGGUGACAUUUCACUUUUUACGUCCACGUGCAUCUCGUCACGGGAGCGGCCUUACGUUAGCAGCUGCGUUUUGCCGUUGUAAUCGUCGAAGGCGGGCAGCGAUAGUUAACGCGUCAGCGGGCCUCCCCCGCCUCUUCUUGCGCAGGAGAAGCGAUACCCUGCCGGACCGGUUGUGCCAAAAAAUGGCCUGAAAUUCCCUCCCGCGGGGGCUCGAGUGAAAACAAGACUGAUAUGUCACCGUUUUUUGCUUUUUGUUUUUUUUGCUCGCGUUGCAUGCUUCUUUUAACGUUUGGCCACCAUAUUGUAAAUGUAUCAUUUCUCUCAAUAAGAAGCUUUCUCAAACUUUUCCCGCCGUUAAGUCUUUGCGGGCAAAGACGACUCGGACCACUCGAUCGGCGUGUGUGUUUUGCGUGUUUUGAGUAAUACAAAUGUAGUUUGAGGAAGAUGGCGACGGCGCUUUUAAACCACGUUUCCUCCAACCACUGAAGUUCAGUUUGUCGCGGUCCGACCGCCACGGAAGGCAUCAUUUUAUUUCAUUUUUGUGCUUGUUCUUGGCUUGUUUACAAGUUGUAUUUUCUAUUCAUACGGGCCCAAUUUACACUGCGUAGUUGUAGCCACACAACUUUGCUUUUCUAUCAAGUAUCACGACAGCGUAAAUAGAAGAAUAAUCAAAUUGAAUAUCUGCCAAGUCGACGGCAGCGUAAACGCACGGAUCGCUCGGUGGUUCGUCCGUCAGCACGCGCGUGUUGUUCCGUGUGUUCCGUCAGUGGAAAAGCAGCCAUACGGGUGUACCAAAAUCAGAUCUCGGCAUCAAAUUGGAAUGGACCUUUCCGACCCGUCAAUCGCUCGUACAAAAAUAGCCAAUCAGAUCGCCGCAUCGUCUUGACACGCCCCUGCCGCCAUGUUGUCCCACAAGCAAUGCCGGUUGUCAGUAGCCUGCGCUUGGAGAAGCGCAUGUUACGAAGAAAAUGGUCCUCAGAUGCGCUUGGGGAACGUGCAAUUCUGAUGAAAGAUUACAAGGGGCCCGCUUGAUUCAUUUUCCAAAGCCGAAAACACAGUUGGACCAAGUGUCUACGAUUUGUUAAGGCGCACGUGCAACUAAAUGUGGACCAUAUCAACAAACUCCGGCGAGGCUGUAUGCGCGGAGGUAAGUGAGGGAGAAGUAAAUUCUCUGAGUUGGAUUUCAUUAUUAUCAGUGCAGGAGAACAACUUUCACUUUGUUAGUCUAUCACUGACCCGCUGAACGAAGUGUGUCAUUUUUUUAUGCCGAAGAGUCACGUUAAUGAUACGUAAAUGUCAGGCGCCAUGUCGUGCAAGAGAAAUGUCGAUUUGCCCAUUUGGAUCACAUCGGACUUUUAACCCACUCACUUCUAAAGACUACAAUGAUGUUACUCGUGAUCUUUCCAAGUAAAAAGUACUCACCCUGCUUUCCAUGCGCAGUACGAUUUCAAUAUGAAGUUUGUGAGGCGGUUUUUUUUUUUUUUUGCAUCUAUCGCCAACAAUUGGCUGUAACUCUGACAUCGCGUCCGGCUCCGUCCAAAGUCGUUAUUCUGUGUACAUAUCCUUGCGUGAAAUAGUUGAGACCUCUUUAUCGAACUCUCUUGGACAAUUCUGACGCAUUUGGCAAAAAAAAAAAAACAUACCGCAAUAUUGUUUGGAAUACACAAUAGAGAAUCGACUUGAAACACGUUCUGUUCAGUCGCCGUUUUGGAAGCUUGUGGGACAUGGCAACUGUAGCUAAGGGGGCGGAGCUUAAGAUCACCAGUCGGAAAGGUCCAUUGGACUUCCAGUGCAACGGACUGCCGUGAGACUCGAUCGCAAGGGUGCAAAAACGAGGUUUUUUUUGGGGGGUGGGGACAAAACUGAACUGAAUGAUAUUGCUUGGUGGAAAGUGGACAGUUCAAAUUCUGUGCCUGCAUGCUUCUGUGAUGUGCGUGAGCAAAAAAAAAAAAAAAAAAAAAAAAAGCCAUUGGAAGUUUCUCAUUUCCUGAACAUCCCGCAUAAUUUCAGCGGGUACUUUCAUUUCAAGCCGUGGCGAUCCAACUGCUCAAGUGACAGUUCGCGCAUCGCUCAAUUUUUAUGUCACUGGGCCCGUUCUGCGGCGCAGUCUUUGUUGGCGCUGACCUAAAUCAGGGCAGGGGGGGGAAACUCGCAGGUCCGAGUUACGCCCGUGCAGGUCCCAGUGAGGGCGCUAGAGAGUCGGUUUCAACGCAGGCCAGAUGGCGCACAAAAGAUUAUUGUCUCGCUUCUUUAGAUGUCCGGCCAGGCGCGGGCAGAACGCCCCAAACGGACAUUAUUUAUAUAUACAGAAUUCCUGUGGAGAUGGUGUCCAACUUUGAGUCUUGUAAGUCUUCCUUUGGGUCCAGAAUGUACUGAACGUGGGAAUAUUUCUUUUUACGCACGCUGAUGCGUCGAAUGCCAAAAUGUGUGGAGACAAUUCCUACCGAGAUGUCUUUUGCGGUCGUACGGACGGUAAGCGGCGACCUGUUCUAACCGAGCCUUAAGAUGCGACGGCCGCAACGAAGCCAGAUCGGCGUUUCGGUCGAAAUCGGCAACUUGUCUUUGCUUUUGUUUUGUCCCGUGUGUGUGGGUUGUGUCGGUGAUGUAAAGACGCCUUACACGAAUCCCAAAUAUGAAAGCGAGAAGACGGGACUCGCGUUUGACGACAUUCUCAUUGGAAUUAUUAUUAUUAUUUUCAUUUUUGGGGGGUUUAAAGGCGUCCCAAGCUUCCCUUGUUGUUUUCCAAAGUCCUCGCGUUUUGUUGAGAUGGCGACACGUACUGGCGCAUCUCCGUCAAUUAGAAGAUUGUAAAAAUGUCUUCAAAAAGUCAAAUUUGUGGAUAUAAAGUCUAGACAUCCCUGUAAAAUCAUUUCAGAACAAUUACCUGUGCAGCUCCAUUGGGGGGGGGGGGGGGGAUGCGCAUUAUUGUAGUGUACACCCUCGAAGGUUAACUGAGAAUGUGGUUGCAUAACUGUGCACACCCUCUUACGACUGAGGGAACGGGUGAAAUUUCAGAUGUUCUGGUCAACUUUUUUUCCUGACACUUUUUUUAGACCGGAAGCCGCGGUCCAAUCUCGUUGUCCAAAGCCAUCGAUUGGCAGAUGGGUGCAAAAGAAUUUCCAUCAUCAAGUGGAGAAAAUAUGGAAGGAACAGACGGAGACAAAUUCCUUGUGUGUUCUUACAUACUUGGCCAUUAAAGCUGAUUAUGAACAUUAAUGACCCAGACCUUGAUGUCGAUCCAAAAUCCAAGAAGAAAACUGAUUAGGGCGACUGCCGACGGGGCGACUGCAAGAUUGAAGGAGUUGCAUGAAUUUAUGCGAUGGCACCAUCCCGGUAGUUUAUUUUUUUCCCUCCAAAAACCUGGCAUUCAUUCGGGCAGGGAUGUGUAGACUUUCGAGCCGGUAACGACAUUUUCAGAAGCCAAAUUCCUCGCAAAUCAAUGUUUUCCAGUAUGAGUUUGACAUUUUGAAUUGCCAACAUUAAUAACUUUGCCCUCACGUUUGAAUCCAUCGAGAUGCGCCCGUCGGUACGACAACACGUCGCCCCCACCCCCGGUCGUUUUAUCGCCGAUCAGCUAUGCAAAGAAAAGCCUGCACUUUCGACGUCUUUGAGCGCUCGCAGUCAGGAUCGGAGUCUUCGCACAUUUCAUAAUCAUCAGCAAGACGUUUUUUGUCCAGUCUGUCGUUUUCUUCCUCGCUUUUCACCUCGUGUGCCAUCAAAUGCAACCUGUCAGAAGUAGGACAUAACUGUUGUGUUAUUUCUGAUAGUUGAACUGAAUAAAUUUGUGUGAGGAAAUUUCA